AUGACGAAGGGUGCUAUAAUGGUGGUAAUGGGUAUUAUUUGUUUGGUGCUGAGCAUGGGUCCUGUAGUGGAAGCAUGGCAUUCCCCUCCACCUCCUUCAUCUCCAUCUUCUCCUUCUCCUCCCCCGCCGCCAGGAUUGUGUGUGGAUUUGCUGGAUGGCCUUGUAAAUGUUACCAUUGGGGAUCCUGUUGUGAACAAGUGCUGCCCUGUUCUGGAAGGUGUUUUGGCAUUGGAAGCAGCCCUGUGCUUGUGUACAAUUAUUAGGGUUAAGCUUCUGAACCUGAACAUCAUCCUUCCCAUUGCACUAGAGCUCUUUGUUCAGUGUGGCCUCACCCCUCCCUCAGGAUUUACUUGCCCACCUCUUACUUAG